AUGGCUCCCAACGCUGAGAGGAACAACGAAAAACUAUUUCCAAUAUUUCGCAGGAACCUCUCAGAUGGGGUUUUGAGCACGUACAUUGCAACAGCUGAUAAGCUGGCAAGCUGGUUAAGCAGAGACAAGGCAUACUAUCCAUAUGCGAGGCCGAUGAUCGUUGAACUUCUCGAGACCGCGUAUCUCUCACUGCGUCGCGCUAGCGGUUCGGUACACCAACCAUUUCAUAUCUCCAACUGUCCCCAAUCUCUGAAGGCAUGGGCGGAUCCAUUCAUCGAGAUGAUGCGGACAGUAUUACCCUUUUACUCCCUGUUCGUUGAGCAAAACUUGCAAAACAGACUUUGUGCUCUUUUCAAGACUAUUGACCUGGAUCCAGCAAAUAUAAUACCUUCCGUGGGCACGCCUCCUCCACGUGUGGCUUCCACAUCCAGUGCGUCUCAAUCACAUGCUGUAAAAAUGGUGAAGGGUUGGUCUCCUCAUCCCAUGGCUGCAAGGAAAUCUAUGUCUGGAUCACCGGUAAGCGGUGCUACACCACAAUCACUAGAUUUCCCCUCUCCGUCCCCUAGCAUGGCACCUCAACUUUCGAGCUCUGCGCCCAAACCGAAACCUAAAGCAAAGAAGAAGUUUUCACUUCAAGACGAUUUCAUCAAAGCUGAUCUUGAAUGGUUCAAGGAUGGACGGCAAGUUGCAGGACAAGAGGGCCAGCCUAGCAGUCAUGUACCUAUCUCACCUUCGACUACCGUGUUUACCGUCUCCAGGAACUCCGUCUCCGAGUCACAGCCUAUCGCAGGUCCGAGUCGUGAUACACACGCUGCUGAGAUUACCGUUUCUCCAAGAGUGCCUCAUACGCUGGAGCCGGAGACCGUCGCCCUCGCACAAGACACUAUUCUCGGUGAAAAUUCCAUCGAUGGCGUUACUGGUCAAAUGAUUCAAGGGAAAAAUCAGGGCGGCAAGGAAACGGUACUCGAUCUCUCUCCUCUUGCGAAAGCAAAGCCUCGGAAGAAAAAGAAGAAAGGGCCACCUGGGCUGAGGUUCCUUCCAACAGAUCCUCUUCCAGGCGCUAUUUCGCCUUUGUUGACUACAGCCUCUGCAAGUUCUUUCCAGACAAUUACACAGCCGGAAAGCAGCACACUGGACCCGGGAAUUAUCUCAUCUGAAUUGCCGCCCUUUGUUCGAGAUUCGUCGUCCGAAGAUUUUGUCGACCAGUACGGUCAUCAAGCUGUCAAAGCCGAGUCAGACUCUGCGCAUAUGCGAGAAAAUGCGCACGCAGUCGGUUCGGUUGAUGAAGGCAGGCAUAGUCCUCAUACUUCAUACCCCAUCGUAGGCGUACGGGAAAGACAGCUGUCAGGACAAGUCGACAAUUCUGCUCCGCCUCAUACCGACGAGUCACUACGAAGCAAAACAAUCAACGAGCCAAUACCACUCGAGACGCAGCCAGAGUUACAGCGAGAAGAGACUAGACAACCCUCUUCUGAGCCGCCAUUGAUUGCUGAUGUAGGUCAGCACGAUGCGGAUUCCCCGGCGGCCGACAGCAACUCAGUACCAAACAUGAUACCAGAACCGGAACAACUGAAAGGUGAUGUGGAGAAAAUUGCGUCUGUGGAAGCACUCGAGCUCGACAAGCACAGCGAGGCUCCCGGACCCCUAGAUGACGAAAUCAUCGCCAACACUCAUUCACGGUCGCAUUCUCACAUAUACACGCCUGCAGAUGAGGAACAGGGUAUCGCAAGCACCGUCGAGCGAGCCACUACUGCGGCUGACCAAGCCCGCACAACGCUUGAGAACUUCCAUGUCUCUCCAGACCGGCUUGAAACCGACGCUGUCCCUCAUGGCAAGGAGGAGAUCUUGGUUGAUGAUGAAGACGUCCGAGUUAAAGGCAAUGAAAUAGUGACUGAGCCGCUUGGGGGCGGUCCGAUACAGGAUGGUUCUGCUGAAUCUGCUAGUUCUGUUGAAUCGGAAUCCAAGAAUGAGCAAAGCGAGGAACCUCGUCCUGUUUCAUGCAAGCGGUCUCGUACUGCCAGCAUCUCUGCAGAAGAAGGCCUUCCGCGGCAGAAGCUCAAGAUGACGCCUUCCCCGCUCAUGACAUUUGACGGCGGCGUGGAAUCAAACGUGGAUGCUACCGUGACAACAACGACUACCGAAGAUUUGCGUCCCGCUGUGCUAACCACUGAAAGAGUGCCGACCUCUGAAGAGGACGUGGUUCUGCUUGAGGUUGACAAAGACAGUGCGGAUCCUCCAUCCGUAACAGCUCCAGAAAAUUGCGUGACCGGACAACCGUUGCCGAUGGAUGUUGACCCACGCACAGCAGUUCUACGAGACGAAACAUUCGUUGCAGAACGAGGUAGUGUCAUCGAGUCGCCCAGUGUUCAAACCACAGCAUUGGAUGAGGCCGCCGUCGAGGAUCUUGUGAAUGGAUCCGAUACCUAUCAGUCAGUUUUGCCAGACGGUGCGACUAUCGAGGCCAAAGAACAGUCGAAGUGUUCUAUAACUGCAAUUGCAGGCACUGCUCACGAGGAACCUCGGCCGGAUACCGAUAUCGCUGUAUGCGAUUUGUCUGCUAUGGAGAUUGAUGAAGAGCAGAGAGAGCCGGAUACCGAGUUGAUCGCCACAACUGCGGAGGUGGAAGUUCUUGACAUCCGAGCAGAGGCAAAGUCUGUCGAGCAGGGUGGAGUCAUCCCGGCUACAAAUGUAGACCAUGGUGACGCAUCACAAGCGACUCAGAGUGCUGUGGCGCACUCAUCGCUUCCUGUCCCCACAGAGAACUCCUCCAUUUCCUCCACCGCCACAAUGUUCAACUGCGACACGAAUAUGGUCGUACUCAACUGCGCGCGCGGAACGGCCGAUGCUGAGAUCACCUUCCGGUUCGACAUCAGGGAUGAGGAUGCUACCCGCAUCAGUCAAUGGGUCUCGCGAGACAAUACAACUGAUGAUGAUGUCUCUUCGACAAAAUGUGUUAGCUUUGCAAUAUAUCCCUUUAGGCAAUGCUUAGAGAAGACGCAGAAUGAUCCCGAGCUGAACACCUUAGAGAAGAUGAUCGUCGGUGUCGAACCCCAGUGGCCCAAUGAUGGCCGCCUCUGGGCAACUCUCGAGAACGCAAACACCUCGCACGCUAUCAUGCUCUCACCACCUUUUAUGUUCAAGGUUGACGAGAUUUAUGACAUUAGCGCAUGGAUCACUCCGGGCAAGAAUGUUCUCCAUCUCCACCAGUUGCGCGACCACUCGGAGAGCUCUUGUCUUCUGCUACGACCUUCACUGCGACGUGGCGUUGCGUACACGCCUAGGGCCUAUAAGUCGCUUUCUGCUGUCCCCAACCCCAUACCAGCAUCUUUCUUGCGAGGCGGGACAUCUAAAGGCAUCUAUCUUAAUCGCGCUGAUCUCCCGGAUGACGUAGCGGAAUGGGAUCCAAUAUUCCUUGGCAUAAUGGGCUCUCCCGAUCCAAAGUAUGGUCGUCAACUGAACGGCAUGGGCGGCGGAGUCUCAAGUCUGUCUAAAAUCUGUGUCGUCGGGGCACCACUAGACACGCAGCGCGCCGCAGGCAUCGACCUUGAAUACACGUUUGUUCAGGUGGGCAUCCGAGACGAGGUGCUGGACUUCUCUGGAAAUUGCGGGAACCUCACUAGCAUGGUUGGGGUGUUUGCACUUGACGAAGGAAUCGUAUCCCGUCCUGGUAUCAUCGACACCCAUUCGCGCAUACAGACCGCAACUAUCAGUGCAUUCAACACUAAUACUCAGAAGCGUAUCAACACGACGUUCCCAGUUUCGCUCGAUAGGCAACAGCCUAUUGCGGUGCUGGACUUGGAGCAGGAGAAUAUCGCUGGAGUACAUGGACAAGCAUCACAGAUCGUCUUGGACUUUGUCUCCCCGAGCGGUGCGCGGACGGGCAAGCUCUUGCCGUCCGGCAAGCCUUCUGACUCCUUCACCGUGCCUGGUGCAGGAGUCAACGCCAUUUCUAUGUCUCUCGUCGAUGCGACGAAUCCAACUGUCUUCGUCUCGACACAAGACCUACGAAACGUGCUGGGCCAGCCAGACGGGGAGAUAGCCUUCAAUGACGUCCCUGUUGCAUUGGCUGUUGAAGAUCUCCGUCGUUUGGGUGCGACGCGCAUGGGGUUAGAUCCGGAAACGCAGGCCCAGCCAAAGAUCGCAAUCGUCGACAAACCUCAGGAGAAUGACGCUGAAGCAGAUAUCGUUGUGCACGCUUACUCGAUGGGUGUUUUGCAUAAAGCCGUUCCAAUGACCGUUGGACUCUGUCUCGGUGUUGCUGCGGGGGUGGAAGGCACAGUCCCAUGGCUCAUAGCGAACUCGAGGAGCUCGAUAAAGCGCACGGCAUGCAACGGGGAGUCCAUGAUCAAGAUUAGACAUCCUGGAGGAGUUGUCGUCGUCGGCUCGGAGAUGAAGGAUGGCGAGGUCGCAAGUGCGAAGGUGGUCAGAACAGGGCGCCGAUUGAUGAAGGGCGUCGUAUGGUGGUAA